CAGAAGGAGGACAACCAGAAGGCAGUCUCAUCCUCGUCUGACAAGAACCAGUAUUGCAACAACACGACCUCACAAGAACAGAGUCAAACCCCAGCUCAAGAGCAUAACAUCUGGUCCAUCUCGAAGAUGUCCAACCAAUCCCUCUACCUCGACGCCCCAGGCCAACUUCUCCGCCUCGCCUCAUCCUCAAUCCCCCAACCCGGCCCCGACGAACUCAUAAUCGAAACCAAAGCCCUCUCCAUCAACCCCAUCGACGUCGCACAAUCCACGAAAGGCCUAUACCUCAAGUCCUUCCCCCGUAUCCUCGGCCAAGAUGUCUCUGGAAUCGUCCACUCCAUCGGCACCCAAGGCAACUCACCAUUCAGCACCGGAGACCGUGUAACAGCCCACGCCUGGUCCAUGCUCACAGGCCAAAACGAAGACGCCGCAUGGCAGAAAUACGUUCGCGUAAAAGCGAAGAAUACAGCGAAACUUCCUAAUAAGAUCAGCUUCGCGGAAAGUGUAGUGUUGCCUUUGGUGCUCAACACAGCUGCUGCAGGAUUAUAUCAAACCUUACAACUACCUCUGCCAGAAGUUGGGAAGAAGCGAACUGGAGAAGGAGUUUUGGUCGUGUAUGGAGGGUCGUCAGCUGUAGGGUUGUCAGUAACUCAGCUUGCGACAGCGAGCGGAGUGCGAGUUAUCGCAAUCGCGAGCGAGAAGAAUUUUGAGUUGGUGAAAGAAGUAGGAGCAGAGGAGGUAUUCGACCAGAAACAGGGUGAUGAAAUGGUAGAGAAAGUCGUAAAAGCUGUUACGGCGACGAAAGAAAAGUUCAUCGGAGUAUUCGAUGCGAUUGCAGUCGAAGCGACGUAUAAGCACGACCUGGCCAUUUUGGAGAAAUUGGAAGGAGGAGCUUUCGUUUCUACGCAUCAGCUUCCUGAGGAUCUGCCGGAGAAUGUGAAGGGGAAGUUCAUUUUCGGGUUGGGAGAGUUUAGUUUCGCGCUGUGGGAGAACUACAUUCCUCAGGCGUUGGAAUCGGGAGACCUGAAAAUCAGACCGGAGCCACUGGUGGUGGGUAAGGGUCUGGAAAGUAUCGAGAAGGCCCUUGAAGUCUACCAGAAAGGCGUCAGCGGGAAGAAGGUUGUAGUCGAGUUGUGAUUUGCCGUAGCAAUUUCCUAGAUUGUUAAUUCGAUCCC